AUGUAUUACGGUUUGGGGUGGGUGGGGUGGGCUGGGCUGGGGCGGGGCGGGGUGGGGAACUUAUCCCUGAAGCGUUCCCGUGCUCGAGUCAGGAAUCCCGGCACCGUGCUGGAGGUUUCAGAGCGUGCUGUGGUGGACGGUGUGCUCAGACUUCGUGUGGUGCGUGACUCGCAGCGUGGAGCAGCGGGCGGGUGGGUGAGCGAGUUCAAGCGACCGGUCUUCGACCCGCGCCUUGGAGGAGCGGCGCAGCUCUUGCGGCUCAGGGGCCCACCAAGAAGCUUGGGCAAGAAGGGGCCAUGUGCCUGGGCUGCCUUUGGGGUAUUUUGCGGUGUUCGGCCUGUCUUGGUAGUCUUGGUAGGUGUGGCUUCGUGUAAGGACCUUCGUGUGCCUGUCAGGCUAUGCCUUUGCAUGCUGAGAUGGGCUGGCACUGCUGCUCACGAAAGCCUCGACGUUCCUCACGCCCUUCGUGCCAACAGCGCAUGA